CCCGCCGGGAGCACACGGCGCGAGCCAGCGGCCACCUCGCUGCCUCCGGAGCGCUGCGGGCAGCUCUGCGCGCCCCGGCGCGGCACUCGGACUCGAGGCCAGCUCGACUGCGGCCGCGCACAAAGGACCGUGGACACCGGGCUCCGGGGGCUGCGCCCAGGGACCAGACCGGGGACGGCCAGCCGCGCCGCGUCCCCUCCCCGGGCGGUUGGAGCCCGAGCCAGAGCGGGCCCCGUCAUAUGACAGCGGCGACACAGCGGCCGGCGAGCGCGCGUGCUGCCCGCUCCGCUGCGCCACGGCCGCCGGCGCCUGGGGUGGCCUGCGCCGCGCCCCGCUGAGUGGUCGCCCGUCGUCGCCGCCCCGCGCCCCUCGCGCCCCGGCUCUCGGGCUCCGGGGGCAGGAGCCGAGGGGAGCGCCCCGCCGGCACCGAGCCUAAAAUGGCCACUCUGCUCCGCAAAAUCGGGCUCAUCCGCCUGCACAACCGGGACACCGAGGACCCCAAGCACCACCACAACCACCGCGGCGGCGGCGGCCAGCAGAGCGCGUCGCUGCGCGGCAAGGGCGGCGCCAAGAGCGGCGGCCACAAGCCCCAGCAGCAGCACCCCCCCGGGGGCGCGGGCGACGCGAGCCCCGGGCCCGGCAAGGGCAAGGGUAAGCGCGCGCCGGAGCUGGCCCCGCGCGACAAGCCGCCGCAGCCGGCGGCGGGGGCGGCGGGGGCGGCGGGCGCCGGGGGCCCCCGGGAGCGGGCGGCGGGCGCCAGGGCGGGGCCGGGCCCGGCGGGGGCGGCGGCGGCGGCGGCGGGCGGCAGCCUGGUGCCCGCGGCGCGCCAGCAGCACUGCACGCAGGUGCGCAGCCGGCGGCUCAUGAAGGAGCUGCAGGACAUCGCGCGCCUCAGCGACCGCUUCAUCUCCGUGGAGCUGGUGGACGAGAGCCUCUUCGACUGGAACGUGAAGCUGCACCAGGUGGACAAGGACUCGGUGCUGUGGCAGGACAUGAAGGAGACCAACACCGAGUUCAUCCUGCUCAACCUCACCUUCCCCGACAACUUCCCCUUCUCGCCGCCCUUCAUGCGGGUGCUCAGCCCGCGCCUGGAGAACGGCUACGUGCUGGACGGCGGCGCCAUCUGCAUGGAGCUGCUCACGCCGCGCGGCUGGUCCAGCGCCUACACCGUGGAGGCCGUCAUGCGCCAGUUCGCCGCCAGCCUGGUCAAGGGCCAGGGGCGGAUCUGUAGAAAAGCCGGCAAAUCAAAAAAGUCCUUCAGUCGCAAGGAAGCUGAAGCUACCUUUAAGAGUUUGGUGAAGACUCAUGAAAAAUACGGUUGGGUCACCCCUCCCGUCUCUGACGGCUGAUGGUUGCAACGCGUGUUAGACGCUAAAGCCGCCUCUCCACACACACAGAUACCCAACAUCUCCUUCUCAACGCUGAGCAUCCUCCAUCCUUUUUUACUCCAGCCGGAACUGAAUCCUGAAUGCCAAGGAGACGUUUAAGUUAUUUAUGAACAGAUGUGUUUACAGAGAGCACAAGGGAGCCAACGCUGUUCGGGAUUAAGUUUCGAUUAUAAAUGAAUGAUCAUCUCUAAGUCACUUUAGAACAAACGCUGAGAUGGUGACAUUUCCCAGCCCGCCUGCCCCUCCGCCAACCCCAGUCACAUCGCCCUUAGCUUCUUUCCAUGACAGCAGCUCCAAAGAGCAGGCAGGAAACUCAACGCCUGCUGCUCGACCCAUUUACAUGUAAAUGGCGCCGUUCAUAUUUAAUAAGAACGCCCUGCAUCGCCAGUACAUGUUUGCUGUGCUUUGUAUCUCUGUUUCUCUCCCUGGCAGGUCAACAUAACUUGAAGACAUGUGUCUUUCUGUGGCCCCAUGUGAUGACAUGUAGACCUCAUUUGUGCUAUGACUUUUGGCUCAUGAAAAGAAAAAUUGAAUAUUGCCAGGUUCUAGUGAUUUAAAACAACAACUGCCCACUUGGUUACAGUGUGCUCUCCAUGCUGAUGUUGGGUGCGCGGCUGUCCACAGAGAAACCAGUGCCCUAAGAUGAAAGGCAGGGGGUGCUGUGGCCACAACGGGGCCCACGACGGUGCAGAUGCCGAGUGCACGCUCCCUGGGGCUCAGAGCGUCGGAGGUCAGGUGCGGACAGUCUCUUCCAAUAUUCUGAAAUGCUCCUACGACAGUGCAUCGUGUUCCGGUCUUCUCUCCACUGGUCAACCCACCACCAAAAGCAAAGACAAUUUCCCAUUCACUGAAGUCAUCUGACUCAUUUUAUUCUAUGUGCUAGUGACAGGGAAGGCCUGAGCUGCCAAAGGGUACCAAGUGAUCGUACGACGAUUUGCAUGACCGGGUUUAUUUCUUCACCUAGUAGUCACUAGUGUGUCCCCUGAGGCUGGGAUGCGUGAGCCCCCUCGCCAUGAUAUAAACUUCCUGUUAUUUAAUCUCCCCACGGUUUCAUUUCUCUCUUCUGUUACGUUACUUAGAACUUUCUAAGAAACUCCGUGAGAUGAGGAAAUACUGUUUAUAAUAAUAUGCGGAAAGAGGUAAAAUGUUCAUUCCACGUGGAAAAUCUUAUUGGACAUGUUUGAAAUAAAAUCAUGCAUACCUGA